AGGAAUUGAACAUGGAUAAUUCGUAAUAAAUUUACCAGCAAUGGCUUCAUCGGUGCAGAAUAACCGUUCAUCGCCGGCGGGAUUCGUGUACAACUGUAUGUGUUGCAAAGUGUGUAAUCGGGUGUGCUUUAGGGCUUUUAAAUGGAUUCCUGUGCUAUUGAUAAUUUCCAUCGUAACUUGGUCCUAUUAUGCGUACGUUAUUCAGUUAUGCAUUUUUACAAUUGAAAGCACUGUUCAAAAAUGUGUGUAUCUAGUGAUAUUCCAUAUACUACUCAUCAUGUUCGCAUGGUCGUACUGGCGGACGAUUUUUGCGGAAAUUCAACCAGUUCCAGAUAAGUAUAAACUGCCUGAACGUGAGUUAGAAAAGUUGUUAAGUGCAGAAUCUGAGGAAGCACAGCGUAAUAUACUUGAAAGCUUUGCAAGCGAUCUCCCCAUAGUCACAAGAACAAUGUCUGGCUCGGUGCGUUAUUGCAACCGAUGCGUGCUGGUGAAACCGGAUCGAGCGCACCAUUGCAGCAUAUGCGCGCGCUGCGUCCUCAAGAUGGACCACCACUGCCCGUGGGUCAACAACUGUGUCUGCUACUUCAACUACAAGUUCUUCAUGCUUUUCCUCGGCUAUGCUCUCUUGUACUGUCUCUUCAUCAUGGCGACGUGCCUGCCUUACUUCAUUAGGUUCUGGAAGAUAUAUCAGGAAUACAAGCAUGCCCACUGCGACCGCUUGACACAGAAUGGAACUAUAAUAUCUAAACAAUGCAUGGAUAUGUUGAAUGGCGAAUUCGGAUCUGCAGCAAACGCUGGAAGGUACCACAUCGUGUUCGCGUUCUUCGUGUCGAUGAUGUUUGCGAUAUCCCUCGGGUCACUCUUCGGUUAUCACUGCUAUUUAGUCGCAAACAACAGGACUACUUUAGAUGCGCUUGAAAAUUACCAAGGCCGUUGCUGUACCCCAGGGAAAAGGGUCAUAGCACAUGCUAUCAAGCAGUUGACCGAGGAAGCCUUCAGAGCGCCCAUGUUCCGCGGCGGAGCAGACAAGAAUGGUUUCUCUAUGGGCGUGUACAAUAACUUCAAAGAGGUUUUCGGCAACAGUCCGAACCUUUGGAUGGUACCAGUAUUUACCAGCCUGGGCAACGGGUGUGAUUUCCCGGUGCGUCGCGAGCACCAGCUGCAGACGUUCACAACUCAAGAGGCCCAUGGCUACGAGUCCAUGGGCACCACGCGUUCAAGCUUUGGCGACGGGAUCGUCUACCCUCUGCCGCGGCAAGAUGAAGAUACGGAGUCGCUGUUGAGUUCGGAGCGAUGGGAGCGUUGGGGAGAGCGAGCGCAGCCCUACGACGAGAGGGAGAGUUCGUCGUACGAUGAACUAUGAGUACACGCCAUGCCGGCACCAUCGCGUGCUGGCUUGCCCACUUACGUUUGAAUCCCACUGGUACAAUUAUCAUUGGGACUACCGGAAUCUGACAAUGGAUGGAUUACCUUAUACUAAUUAUAUUUACAAAUGACCGCAGAUCAAGUGUAGUGUCUUCCUCGCACUACACUUGGCCUCGAGUCUUUUGUAGUUCUCUUGCUCCCUUUAAAUGAAAGCGAAUGACAUUGUUUACACCGAUUGUAUAUGUCAAUUGCGCAUUUACUCGUAAUGUGUAUUUACUCGUAAACAUACAAUAUGCGCACUUGACCUUAAAAGUACAGGCUGUUAAAUAAAAGACUGCAAACCACUACUACAAAAUAAAUAGUACUUUCUAUUCUUGCACACUAGGUUUAGUAUUAGACAAUAGUGUUGGGAAAUGAAAAGGUCUGCAGCGCAACAAAAGCGGUGUGUUUCACAUGUAUCU